UGCCUGCGAGAGGCAGAAAUGUGCCGCAAGGAUUUUGGUCUGCCGGAAAUCAACCAAGGAAGAAGAAAGGUCGCAGACUGAACGGCACAGGGAUGCAGCGAGACAAAACAAGCAACGCCGGUGGGGCUGAAAAGCCCGACCGGGAGGCCGCCAUAAUGUCGAAAUACUACGAUGGAGUUGAAUUUCCUUUCUGUGACGAGUUCUCCAAAUAUGAAAAAAUGGCAAAAAUAGGACAAGGAACUUUUGGGGAGGUGUUCAAAGCAAAGCACAGACAGACUGGGAAGAAGGUCGCGCUGAAGAAAGUUUUGAUGGAAAAUGAGAAAGAAGGGUUCCCAAUCACAGCUCUGAGAGAGAUCAAGAUCCUGCAGCUACUCAAACAUGAGAAUGUGGUCAAUCUGAUUGAGAUCUGCAGAACCAAAGCUACUCAGUUCAACAGAUACAAAGGCAGCAUCUACCUGGUGUUUGACUUCUGUGAGCAUGACCUGGCUGGGCUGCUCAGCAAUGCCAAUGUAAAAUUCACCCUGGCAGAGAUCAAGAAGGUCAUGCAGAUGCUGCUCAAUGGAUUGUACUACAUCCACAGAAACAAGAUCCUUCACAGAGAUAUGAAGGCGGCCAACGUGCUCAUCACCAGAGACGGUGUCCUGAAGCUGGCUGACUUUGGUUUGGCUCGAGCCUUUAGCCUGGCUAAAAACAGCCAGGGGAACCGCUACACUAACCGCGUGGUCACACUCUGGUACAGACCUCCAGAGCUGCUGCUAGGUGAGCGAGACUACGGCCCCCCCAUUGACCUGUGGGGAGCAGGCUGCAUCAUGGCAGAGAUGUGGACAAGAAGUCCCAUAAUGCAAGGCAACACUGAGCAGCAUCAGCUCACUCUCAUCAGCCAGCUCUGUGGCUCCAUCACUGCUGAGGUAAGCCAUACCCAGAACCCGUACGCCCUGGAUCUGAUCGAUAAACUCCUGGUCCUGGACCCGGCACAGCGCAUUGACAGCGACGACGCGCUCAACCACGACUUCUUCUGGUCCGACCCCAUGCCCUCAGACCUGAAGAACAUGCUCUCCACUCACAACACCUCCAUGUUUGAAUAUCUGGCCCCGCCCAGACGGAGAGGCCACAUGCCGCAGCAGCCGCCCAAUCAGAACAGAAACCCAGCCACCACCAGUCAGACAGAGUUUGAUCGAGUGUUUUAGUGGUUGGAGAAGUUUAUGGACCGUUGUUUGCCUAGUUGGACUUCUUAUUUAGUCUAAAAUGACAACUUUUUUUCCCCAACCGGUCUUAUAUUGAGGAAAAGCUACACAUUCCUUUUUUGGUUGAGGUUUGGCAGACAUUACCUGGAGAUCUAUACAGUUUCUUUGUAGGAUCACUGCUCUGCACAGGAGGCAAGUGGUUUGGGUUGACCAGGGACAGGACUGUAUGUUCUAAGUUAUGCAGAGGCCUUUGCAAGCCAAGUUAUUAACUUUGUAUGCUUUUUCUCCAGGGGAUAAUGAAGAGACUGAUGUUAACAUGGCUUGGGUGUGUUCACUAUGUUGCCUUGAUUAAACAAGGCCCCUGUUAGUUUUAAUUUGAUUUAAUAGUUUGAUUCAUUUGUGAGUGAGUCUGGCAUUUUAGUUUUUUACAUUUCCACACUAUUAUAAUUGUUUAAAAAAGAAAUAGCUAUAUUUAAAGGCUGUGCAGUAUUUUUGGUGAUAACCAUUUUACACGAUACCACAAACAUUUCUAAACACAUAGCCAAAAGUGACAAACCCAAAAUAAAGUGGUUAUUACGCAA